AUGUCUUGGCUGUCACAGGUGCUCGAGCGUAAUGGCUCUGACCCUCGAGUCCGACUUGAACUCGGUCGGGAGUUACUCGAUCAUCUCGCCGUCAGUCAUUUGCCUUCUGAUUCCAAGAUUCUCAACGACUUUUGUGAUGUGAUAUUCCAAUGGCUGGCUAGUAGUAAUUACAAGGUAUCUCUUCUGUCACUGGAAAUUCUACAAGCGUCACUUGACGCUUCUGGUGAUGUACUAGCGCCUUACCUCCACGAACGGGUCGUACACAUACUUGAGAGGCUAGGAGAUAGCAAACCUCAAGUGCGUGAAGCUGCAGGGCAACUUCUUGUUGAUCUCGCGAAUGUCACACACAGCAGUCAUGAUGCGGUACUCGAGCGGAUGUCGCCUGGUUUUCAGCACAAGCAAUAUCUGGUUCGAAUUGGCACCAUGGAUGUAUUUAUUCGUCUGCUCGAUGAAAGCUGGAUUGUCAUAUUCUACCCCACAAUCAUCUAUAUUGGCUAA